AUGGCCUUCGAAGAAUACAUCGAUAUUGCACAACAGAUGGACAACACAACACUGCUACGCAGUUUGGCCAUAGCCACUGCGCUUUUCCUUCCAUUCCAACUUCGAAAGGCCUUGAUCAUCAGAGCGAAGCUGAAAGCCAUUCCUACGGUCGGGUCAUCUGGUAUCAUCAUGUCUUGGAUAGAUACUUUCAAGUUCGUGCACCACGCGAAGGAAAUCAUUGAAGAGGGACAUAGAAUGUACGGCGGGUCAACGUUCAAAGUGCCCUUGCUCGACAAAUGGGUGGUCGUGGUUAGCGGGCCUGAUAAAAUUAAUGAUAUCCGAAAGUCAUCACGCGAGCAUUUGUCGUCCUUGGAGGUGAACAUAGAUGCCUUGCAGACGGAUUACACUAUCGAUCGCUCACUCACAUCAGGAAAAACUGAAAUACUACAUGUCUCUGGGAUACCUCACGAAAGAAAUUUGUGCAGGGCAAUUGCAAACGGCGGGUGGGUGUCAAGGGUGAAGCGCGAUCAACAUCGAAAGAAUUACGAAGUUCGUUUCAAUUUCCGGUCCAACUCCGAUGGUUCUGAGUUCGGAAUGAUUGGCAGUCUCGCAUUCCUAACGGUGGUCCUCGAGCUAUGUAGCAUUUUGAUGAUCCUAGAUGUAUAUCCUAUUAUAUACACCUACAAUAGUGCUACAGUAGUCGUUGCAGCAGAUUACGGAGGGCUACAGAGAGCUACAGAGACCCGAGACGAGAUAGAAGCAGCCUUCAAGGGAAAUAUACCAAUGACCGAAGACUGGAUUGAGGUGCCUGCAUAUCAAAAAAUCUUGCAAAUUGUAUGUCGAACAACUAAUCGGAUGUUCGUUGGACUUCCUCUCUGCCGAAAUUCCGACUACCUCGAACUCAAUAUCAACUUCACUAUCAAUGUUUUCAUCUGUGCUCAAAUCAUCAACCUUUUUCCGACACUUAUGAAGCCGAUUGUGGGAUCCAUUAUAACGCCUCGCCGGCGGGCUAUAGCCAAGACUGAGAAAUUUCUUGCUGAGACCAUCCAGGAACGGCGCACAGUACGGAGUCUGUCUGCUAGGAUGCUCCUCACGAACGUGGCAGCCAUCCACACGACAUCCAAUACAUUUACGUCGGCGUUGUAUGCAUUGGCUGCGCAUCCAGAGUACGUUGAAAUGCUCCGGACUGAGGUGGAAACUGUGAUAAAGGAAGAAGGAAAAACGAAAGCUGCAAUGGGUAAGAUGAACCAGCUUGAUAGCUUCUUGAAGGAAUCUCAGAGACUGUAUGGUGACAUUGGCGUCUUUGCAAUGCGUCGGUUGGCUAAGAAGGACUUCGUGUUUUCGGACGGGAUAGUUAUUCCUGCUGGGUGUCAAGUCGCCGUGGAUUCUAUGAGUACUCAUUUCGGCGAGGAAAACUACGAACAUCCAUUAGAGUUCAAGCCGUGGAGGUUCUCCGAAAAGAGGAAACGAGAAGGCGAUGCUAUUCGCCACCAGAUGGCUCUCAUUUCCUAUGUCCUCAUGAAUUAUGACGUGAAGAUGGACAAGGUUCCCCCGACCAAGUGGGUCUCCAGUGAGCAGUUCCCAAGCCAAAGUAGCAAGGUGCUGUUCAGAAAGCGUGUCAUAAUAGCCUUAGUAGAUGCGAUGUCACUAGGCAGAAAGCAAACCAAGAGUCUGAAGGACGAAUAA